AUGAGGAGGUGCGGGGGGCUGACGGGCGCCCAGCCGGCCACCCUGGAAGCACAGCAGGUUGCCGACGAGGUGCAACUUCAGGUGGAAGAAAAAGAAGGGAAGAAAUUUGAGGUCUUCACUGCUGUGGAGUUUAAAACUCAGGUGGUUGCAGGAAUAAACUACUUCAUCAAGGUCCAUGUUGGCAAUGAGGAGUUCUUGCGGGGGUUCAAAAGCCUUCCUCAUGAGAACAAACCUCUGAGCCUCUCCAGUUAUCAGAGCAGCAAGACUAAGCAUGAUGAGCUGACUUACUUUUAGUGGCUCUUUGGAAGAGCCUCUC